ACUAGGACCAUGAUCCAGCAGGUUUUGAUAAGUCUGCGCAAUAUGACCGUUGAGGUGACUACAGAUGGAAUAGUGAAGGUUAACAAUGUGGUCGUCACUGCAACAAUCCAUCCACAAAACAUAGGCAGCGGAGUGAUUUUGUCUCUUGACUCAUCCGGCUUUCCAAGGACUGUUGUAGAUGUGCCUGGUGUUGUGAAAGUUGAACUCACCACCCCUGUUGGGAGAUUAAGGCGUAAAGGACAUAUGGCCAUAAUAUCUGUUCCAGAUGCAUAUGCUGGACUACUAAAUGCGUUGUGUGGAAAUUUCAACGGUGACUCUGCUGACGAUAAUAACCCCUGUUCUGGAGGCCCUCCUGCAGAUUGCUUUGUUAAUGACGGCAGUUGCACCACGACUGAAACAUACCCAUAAAAGAAAAUUAAGAACAAUGGAGGUUUACAGCCAAGAACUUAGAAAAUCUACCGGACUGUUUAAGUUGGGUUUAAUUUUAUAAUUUUAAUUUAUUGGAAAUACUUCAAACAAGUGGGAUUAUUAGAAUACCUGGUGCAUAAACUAUGCAUUUUACUUGUGUAGUUUACAGAUACACUGGCACAGAAAGGCUAUUGAAAAUUCAUGGGGAUUUUUUUCUCUAACUGUGGGAUGUUUUAGUGUAGUAAUCUGGGAAGACAUUGUUAAAAAAAUCCAUAUUAAUCAAGGAUGUUAUUUGCUUAAAAUGUGUAUUUUUGGCUUUUUCAAUUAAUGUAGUAAUCGAAGAAAAUGUAAGUGUAAAUUUUG